AUGAUUUCCAUAAAGCAAAUAUGUCUUUUUGCUGCGCUUUUACUGAAUUCUUCUGAGAGGGUUGCCUGUAUCUCGCGAGACGAGGAAGACCUUGUUCUUCGCUCACACAUCGACAGCACUGGCCAUGGCGGGAAUCUCCCUCGACUCCGUGAUAUCGAUCCUUCUGAGCUCGACCCUCGCGACGAAGACGAUGCUAUUUUAUCUUCGCGCGACGAUCUACAAAGUACCCUGCUAGGUAUUCGCGAGUAUGGAGAUGCUACUCUCAGCGCCCGCGCCGCCAAGAAGAACGCUGCUGUUGCCAAAAAGAAUCCUACCCCCAGGAAGAGUGCUUCUUCUGUCAAAAAGAACCCUGCCCCUAAAAAGAAUACACCAGCAACCAGAAAGAAACCUGAACCAAAGAAGAAUACUUCUGCUGCCAAAAAGAAACCUGCCCCUAAGAAGAAUGCUGGACCCAAGAAGAAUAAGCCAGCUGCCAAAAAGAUUCCCGGUCCUAAGAAGAAUAAACCUGCCGCUGGAAAGAAUUCUGGUCCGAAGAAGAACGCCAGUGCGAAGAAAAAUUCCAGCCCUAAGACGAAGAAACUCGCUGGUAAAAAGAAUGCUGGUGCUAAGAAGACCCCUGGUCCAAAGAAGAACGUUGGUAUAAAGAAAAAGCCUAGCACCCAGACGAAGAAACCUGCUGGUAAAAAGAACGCCGGCCCCAAGAAGAACAGGCCCACUAGCAAAAAGAAUGCUGGCCCGAAAAAGAACACACCUUCAGUCAAAAAGAAUCAGGGUACUAAGAAGAACAACCAUGUUGGUAAAAAGAGCGCUGGUUCUAAGAAAACCCUUGCCGCCAAACAUAAUUCCAGCCCCAAGAAGAACAGUCCUGGCGGUAAAAAGAACCCAGCUACCAAAAAGAAGCCAACAGCCAAGAAGAAUACAGGUUCCAAGAAAACUCCCGGUUCUAAAAAGAACACUGCAAAGAAAGGUGCUCCCAACCAGAAAAGCGCAAAAAAUAAGACUGCCCAAAAGAAAAGUCCUGCUGGGAAGAGCCUUCCCAAGAAUGCUCCCAAGACCAAAGCCUCCAAGGAGAACGCUGCUCAGAAGAAGCCUUCUGAUGCCGCAGCUAACUGCCGCCGCAGUGGCAAUGGCGCAACGUGUUCAACCAGCCCAGUGGCCGGUGCAGCAGCAGCAAACAACCAGCAGGAAGAUAAGAUCCAACGGCAGAAAGCUAUAGCGGUGUUGAAGGAGGGUACGGCACGGAGGGAGGGGGAUCGCCAAAAGAAGGAAGAUGAGCAGAAAGCAAAUGCGAUGAGGCUCGCCAAGGAGGCGGCACAAAAGGCUGCUGAUGUGGCAAAAGUGGGUGGUAUAACAGAGAAGGAUCGAGACGAAAUCUUGGAGCAUCGGAAGCAGACUUUAGCAAAGCUAGAAGGGUCGAAGAGUGAGCACCGGAAAGACCUCAUUAGUAAGUUGAAGAAUGCCGCGUCGUCGCGGAUGAAACAGACUGGGGAAAGGCAGAGGCUAGUUGACGUAGUGAAGGAUGCCACGGCACGGCGGAAGGAUGCUCAACACAAGGCCUGA